GUAUAGACCCAAAAUUUUAAAACCAAAAUAAAGAAAUGGUUUUUACACACCGACGCUCUCUCUUUCUCUUUCACACAUAAACACAAACCCACUGUUCAGUCUUCUCUCUCUUCUCUCUUUGCUCUCUGCUACAAGCCGACGAUAAACUCCUUGCUGGCAAAGAUUCCCUCCUUUACCCCUUUUUCCCUUAUCUCUCUCUCUUCCCCUCCCUCCCCCACAAACCCUAAACCAGUGACACCCACAACCCGAAUUCCGAGCUACCACAAUCUCCAGCCAUGCUUCUGCUGAUCCGCCCCUGACCCAGUACUCAUCUCCGAACCUAGUGCUGUAAAGUUGCUCACUUUUUUUGUUUUGUGCUGAGCGGACAUGGGCUGCGCGAGCUCCAAGCUCGACGACCUGCCGGCGGUGGCGCUCUGCCGCGAGCGGUGUAGCUACCUCGACGAGGCGAUUCACCAGCGCUACGCUCUCGCCGAGGCCCACAUCGGUUAUAUUCACUCUCUCCGCGGCAUCGGCCAGUCUCUCACUCAUUUCAUCGAACUAGAGGUCGCCAAUUCCUCCGGCUCGCCGCCUUCUCCCACUCUCAACCUCCCUCCGGUCCGCAAAGGCGAUCACGUCGCCGCCAAAUCCUCCUCCCCGCACCACCUCUCCCACUCUAACUCCGGCUCCCACCUCCAAUUCCACUCAGAUUCCGACGACGACUCCGUCGGCUCGCUCCACCAUUCCGACCACUCCUCGCCUCUGCACCUCCACGGCGGCAUGGACUACAUGGACGGCGGCGGCGGCCAAGACGACAUGAACCCCUACCCGCCGCAGGGGUAUACGCACAUGAACUACAUGAGGAACAAAGCCACGCCGUCUGUGGUGUACCAGCAGAAACCCAUGAGCCCCGAGAACGUGUACCAUAUGGGCGAAUCCUCCAACUCAUCUUACUACCCCUAUCCUUACCAAGACGGCGGCGGCGCCAAUCCUUAUCCCUAUUCCGGGUACUCCAAUUACGGCGGUGGAAGUAGCGGUGGGUAUUAUGGUAAUUCCACACCCGCGCCUCCUCCUUACGGGGUGUCCUCGCCGCCGGCUCCCCAGUCAAAGCCACCGCCUCCGCCGCCUUCGCCGCCGAAAGCCUCCGCCUGGGACUUCAUAAACCCGUUCGAGAGCUCAAACAUUGAGAGCUACUACUCGGCUUACACGCCGAGCCGGGACUCGAGGGAGGUCAGAGAAGAAGAGGGAAUUCCCGAUUUGGAAGACGAGGAGUACAACAACCACAGCCAGUACCAGCAGGAAGUGGUGAAGGAAGUUCACAGAGAGCACCACAAGGAAGGGAAGCAGCAUCAUCGUUCUUCGAAAGCCGUGGAGGAUGAGGAGGUCGUCGAAGCUCAGGCCUCGCUGUACCAGACGAGGCCGAGCGUCGAGAACGAAAACGGGGUGGAGUAUGAGGUCCAUGUGGUGGACAAGAAGGUUGUGGAUGAGGAGGAGAAGCGUGAGGACCACCGGAGUUCCGGUGGAGGUGGUGGAGCAUUCAAGCCGGGUUCUAGGGAUGCUUUUGAUGUGGCUAGAGAAAUUCAGGCUCAGUUUCAGAGAGCUUCCGAGUCGGGUAACGAAAUCGCAAGGAUGCUGGAGGUGGGAAGGCAUCCGUAUAAUCGAAAACAUGUUCCUUCCAAGAUGAAAUCGCUAGCGUCGUUGCAGCCUUCUACUUCCAACAGUGUUGAUGGGGCAUCAUCCUCCGAGGCUGGUCCUGCUCAAUUGGGGUUUGAUGAAGAACUGAUGAUGAGGACUAAAAAUCUGUCUUCUACGUUGCACAAGCUCUAUCUUUGGGAGAAGAAACUGUACAAUGAAGUCAAGGCCGAGGAAAAGAUGCGGGUGGUCCAUGACAGGAAGUGUCGUAAGCUGAAGCGUUUAGAUGAAAGGGGAGCAGAGGCCCAGAAAGUAGAUACAACCCGAACUUUGAUAAGGAGCUUGUCCACAAAAAUAAAAAUUGCGAUUCAAGUUGUUGACAAGAUAUCUGUGACCAUAAAUAAGAUCAGGGAUGAAGAAUUAUGGCCACAGUUAAACGAAUUAAUUCAAGGGUUAACCAGGAUGUGGAAAUCUAUGCUUGAAUGCCAUCGUACUCAGUGCCUAGCAAUCAGAGAAGCCAGGGGUUUAGGUCCUAUUGGAUCUGGAAAGAAGCUAAGUGAUGCUCAUGUUGAUGCUACAUUGCAAUUUGAGCAUGAGCUUGUUAACUGGACUUUCAGAUUCUCUACUUGGAUUAGCGCUCAAAAGGGUUAUGUGAGAGCUUUGAAUAAUUGGCUUUUAAAGUGUCUUCUUUAUGAACCUGAAGAAACAGCAGAUGGAAUAGUUCCCUUCUCACCUGGUCGAAUAGGUGCGCCUCCUGUUUUUGUAAUUUGUAACCAGUGGUCACAAGCUUUGGACAGGAUAUCAGAAAGAGAGGUGGUUGAUUCUAUGCGUGUUUUCACCAUGAGUGUGCUUCAGAGUUGGGAACAAGGUAAGCUUGAAAUGCGGCAGAGAAUGACGGAAAAUCAAGAUCUGCAAAAGAAAUUUAAGAACUUGGAUAAAAAGGACCAAAAGCUUCAGAAGGAGAUUCAAGCAUUAGACAAGAAAGUGGUGCUAGUCUCGGGGGAUGUGGACUAUCCUGGUGGACAGAUUGUAUAUCAAAGUGAGACUAGAAAUAGUACUUUACAGGCUAGUCUGCAAAGAAUUUUUGAGGCCAUGGAAAGGUUUACGGAAGUCUCCACAAAAGCUUACGAGGAUCUUUUGCAACGCAGUGAAGAAGAUGGGCUUGCAGGGGAGCAUGAGAGAGUUUCAUAGGGCUGUUUCGUGAGAUGGAAUUGUGACCUUUCCUUUUAACAUGGAGUUCAAGAAUUCAAUCCUUGGAGAAAAUACCUUUCACUCCAUUUGUUCUUGCCAUUUGAUGGGCUGCUUCAGCUGAACUUAUGCUGCUGGAAGAAAGCCAUACUUCGUGGUGGCUUAUAUUUUGGAGAUACUUGCACCCUGAAUGCUGAGGUCGAGUAUUAUCUGGGUUGACUCCUUAGAGUUUUAGUUUAAUGAGACAACCAGUACAGUUCAUGGACAAUUUACAGAAGCAGAGACUGGGGGCAUAAAUUAGAUGUGGCAAGCACAAGAUAAACUCAUUGCUGAUAAACCAACUUGGUCAUUUGCCUGCCAAGAAAUGAUUCUGAACCUAUUGUCGUGACAUUAACUGGUAGAAUUGCAUUAUGAGCAAUUCUCACAGCUCUAUGAAUCGAUCGAAGUAUACUUUCCAUGAAAUCGGAUUUCUCGACAUAAAUAAUGCAAAUCUGGCUGGCAGCAUGUGAGCGAUGCAUGGAAAGAGACCAAGAGGAGCUCCACUUUCAUAAACCAAAAGUAGACAGAGGCGCACAACUGGGCCAAAAUAAUUCAAGUAAGCGGACGUCCUUUUCAAUUUUGUAUGAUGAUGAGUUUCAGUGUAGGGAUCGAGUGACGCAAGUCCCCAUCUAUGCCCGAAAAUAGCUAGAUAUUUGUAUAAUAUUUAUUAUUCUUUUCCGUGUUCAUUUUUCCCAGCAUUUCAUUUAUAAUAAUUAUUGUACAGAGAGAACCUUUGGGCUUUGGCUUCCGAGCAAAGCGAUCUUCAAUAAGAAAAUGAACCAAAUAAAUUCUCCUCUUUCGGCUGAA